AUGAAAUUCUCGAUCUCUCCUCUAUCCCUCCUCCCUCUCCUCCUCUUCGCACCCAUCUCCGCCUUCGCGGAAGACUCCACCACUCAAUACCUAUCCGAUGUCCACUCCAUCCGUCAAACCAUCAACCUCUACCCCCUUGCCCUGGACUUUAAAGAGCUCGACCGCCUCGACGCACUCUUCACCCCUAACGCCACCUACUCUAUUCCCAUCACCUUUGGCACCGUGUACGGCGUUGAUGCCAUCAAGGAGAAAAUCCGCGAGAUCACCGGGAAGGCGCAGACUCAGCACCUGUUCGCCAGCGAAACAUUGAACGUGGACUCCAAGGCCGGCACCGCCACUGGCAAUGUCUACUUGCUGGAGACGGUCUUUGGAUUGCUGGGCCCCAACGUCACCAACACUUUCAACGGGUAUUUCAAUGAUAAGUUUGUCCGGACCAGGAGAGGCGCCCAUUGGCCGGAGCUGGAGUGGAGGUUUAGCAGUAGGGAGUUUGUUCCAUUGGUAAGUCACGCUACCUUUCCCGGAGCUGGUUGGAAGGGAAAUAAUGAGGAUAUUGGAAAGGGAAAGCGGUCACCGAGUUAA